GAAGGAGGAGGAGAAUCAGCAGAAUGUCAAGCGUCUUGCCGGAGUAAAUCAUAGAGGAGAACAUACUCACAAGUUUACCUGUAAAGUCAAUUACAAGAUUCAGGUGUGUCUUCAAAAAUUGGUAUCAUCUAUUUCGAAACCCUAAUUUCAUCAAAAAUCAUCUCAACCAUGCUCUUCUCAUGAACCGAUUCAACAUCUUGGUUGCCAACAACGAAAAUGUUCUUCUAUCAACAACAUCAUCACCAUUUGUAAGUCAUGCUCUUGAGAUUGAUUAUCCAUUGAAGUCCAGAAAAUGUAUGCUUUCAGUUCUAGGUUCUUCUAAUGGUUUGGUUCUCUUAUUAAUAAUAGCACCUUAUGACAAUCUUUGCAUUUGGAACCCUGCUACCAGAGAAUAUAAACGAGUGCCAGAUUCAGGCGACUCAGAGUCAGACUCACAUGGGUUUGGUUUUGAUUGCAAGAAUGAUGAUUAUAAGGUGAUAAAAAUUGCUAGUUCUGAUCCUAAUGAAGAAGUUUCAGAAGCUAGUGUUUACUCAUUAGCUUCAAAUUCAUGGAAGGAACUUGGUUCCACUUCUUAUUAUUUCCCUCUUGGUACAAAUAAGGGGCUUCUACUUAAUGGUGUUCUUCAUUGGAUUGUAUCUAGUGUUCUUGUUUGUUUUGAUAUUUCUGAUGAGAUGUUCCGUGAUGUGCGGUUACCUUACAGCAGUUCAGAUGGGGUCCGGGCCCUUUCCACUUUAGAUUUGGGCGUUUGGGAAGGGAAACUUUGUCUAUUUCAAAAGAAUCACAUGGAGAAUCCUACUGUAUGUAUGCAUCAAAAUGAUCACGUCGAAGUGUGGACGAUGAUGGAUAACAAGUGGAGUAAGCAUUUAAAGAUUACUGCACAUAUGACAGACAUGUCCUAUGGAAGGCCAAUCCAAACUUUACAAAAUGGUGAGAUCCUUAUUGAAGGCAGACCAGGGGUGGAAGAGUGCAUUGAUCCGGCGGAAGAGUGGAUUGAUAUGAUUUUGUAUGACCCUAAGCUUGAAAGAGUCGGAACUCUGAAGAUAUAUGGUCUCCCAGAAGAUUCUAAUGUGGAUACUUAUAUUGAAACCUUAGUACCACUAAACUCCGGUACUUAUGUUAACAAAACAAGAACAAACAAGUAUAUAACAAGAAAGAAAAGAAAUAGAUACUGACGACUGAUGGGAAUCUAGAUUCAUGAACCAAGUUAGUAAGGGUACAGACAAGAAGGGAGGAAGAUAUUGUUGGAAGGGAUGGUUAAGCGGAAAAUGGUUCAUUGUAUGUAGCAGUGGAUUAUCCAAAAAUGAAAUUGAAAUCAGGUGCAUGGCAGUUAUAACGGCAUUUUGGGCCCUGCAAGGCUGGGUAGACUCUCCUCGUGGAUCAGGGCACAUGUAAAGGGAAGCAGUGGAAUUGUGUAAAGUGCUGUUGCUUAGCUAGAAGUAGAAAGUUCGGCUGGGAAGGAUGCAGUUUCAUGGGUUGCUGAGAAAAUCGGAGAUAAAUAAUAAAGAAGUGAAGCAGUAUGGGAGGUAGACAGCGUAGGCUAUAUGAAGAACCAAACCAUAUCAUAAGGACUCCAGAUAUAUGCUGUAAGUUCAAUGGAUGACAGUCGUUCCUUCUUGGCAAAGCCUGUCAGCAUUAUCUGUUGCAACUGCAGGGAGGUGUGUAAGCUUCCAAAUCUUCCACCAUUCCACCGCCAAGUACUUUGAAGACUUGAGGUACCAGAUUAGAAGCCCAUGCCGAACAUUUACAUUAUGAAUGAUAAUAGCCUUGAAAUUAGCAGGAGUUAACUUGAAGAUUUUUUAUAGAGGUCCGAAAUCCAAACUGAAUACAAUUUGAACACCAUCCGUCUUGGACCACCUGAAGGUACAUCCUGAUGCCUCCUGAUAUCUCAUGGACGACAACUUAUAUCAACAAAUCCACCGGGAAGAUGACACAAAAGUAUGAACAUUUUCAGAAGUACAACACCACCACAAGACAAAUUCAGCAUUAGAAAACAGAAACUGCUGGAUGAUGAUAAAACCAGGAAUUUGAGUUAUUCAACUCAGAAACACAUGAAUUUAGCCAUUCUAUUUUCACCAUUAAAGGACUGGGAGGUAUUUUACAAGACAAGGUCUUAUAAGAUGUUGGAUUCCCUCGACCACUCUGUAACCAAUUUGUUAAAAACACCUUUUAUCCUACACUAUUUGGAUAUACUGAAGGGUGCUUGCUUACCCAUGCCUAGAGGGGAUGAGCUGAACAAUUUCUUUGAAAAGGCCGGGGCGUCAAUUAUUUUUGGGUUGAACGCAGUCUAUGGAAAUUACACGAGAUCAUUCUGCUGUAGGGCCUUUGGAUUUCAAAUUUGCUGCCGCUCUUAUUCGCUACCCUGUAAAACUGCGGCAUCUAUGGUUGGGAACUUGGUAAAUGAACUGAGUGGGACUGGAAUCGGAGCAAAGGUUACCACAGCGCAGUAUGCUUCUGAUGUGAUUUCCCUAAAUUUCUAUCGUGCAAGAUAUCUACAAUUGUUCCAGAGUUAAACCACUGGUAAAUGCACUAGGUGGAGACCAGGUCUUUCCAUGGAGCUUUUGUUACUAUGCUGUUUCACCGGUAUAUGAAGACCAGGUCUUUCCAAUGGAGAUAUUACAAAGAGAAUUGCAUUCAUAGAGGCAAUUCUGAUUUCAGGCAAGAAAAGAAGAACCAAGGUUUGUGCAGGUUCAAUAGUUGCAUCUUUUCUGUAUUAUUUUGAUAUGUAAUCCUUUAAGAGAUUUUACUUGGUUUUUGGUGAAAAGGUUGUAAAUGUGAAUCUGGUAUGUUAGAUGCUGUACUUCAGAGUUUGUAAUGUACUUGUUUUGAAAUUUAAUUGU